ACUCACUAAAUCAGUGAAAAACACUGUAAACAUGUACUAAAAUUAUUAACAGCCACACAUCUAAAUGUUUUAUUGUUGAUGCUUCAUUUUGACCAAACACAGUGUCGCUUUUUUUACUGAUUGUUUACAAUUAACUGUCCUUGAUUGUAUGUUGUUUUCAUUAAACUCUCAUCACACAUCGUCUAUUUCACUUUCAUCAAAACAAAUCUCUUUUUUUGUGUUGUUUCACUUUCACUCUCUUUUUUCUUCUCUUUGGUGAAUGAUGAUUUUGAAAGCUGGUUUACUUAGAUGUAAGAGAACUAAAACAAUUAAAGAAAGAUACUUUAUCAUUCUAUCUGAUCCAGUUGACCCCAACACUGGACGCUUAGAAUAUUAUGAAAGUGAAAAAAAAUUUCGCCAUGGAUCACCUUAUAAAGCUUCCAUCAUACUUAAAGAUUGCUUCAAUAUAAGCCGAAAACAUGGAACCAAAGAGGAGGACCACAUGAUAUUCAUUUUUACCAAGGAAGAAUGUUAUACACUUUAUUUUGAUGAUGAGAUACUGUUCAAGGAAUGGUUAACUCUGUUGAUUAAAUUAACUGAACCACACGUGAACUCUUCUCGAUAUGAGCGAGUCUGGCAAGUCACUAUACCCAAAAAUCAGAAUAGUGAGAGAGAAAAUUUAAUCGGAACAUACAGACUUUGCCUAACCAAUGAUAAAAAACUACACCUUGUGAAAGUUGCCCCUAAUGACCCAGAACCAGUUCUUCAUGAGUUACCACUCUCUUGUGUUCGACGAUUUAGUCACAAUAAAAAAUAUUUCAUUGUUGAAUUGGGACGUGGGGCUGCCCUUGGAGCCGGCAAUUUGUGUAUGUUAACAGACGAUGGAGCGACAACUCAUGAUAUGCAUGAAUCCAUAUUGAGAAUAAUUGACUAUCAACCUUCAUUCUUAUCUAAUGGAGUCUCAACCAAUGGCUCUUUACAGAAUCUUCGAACACCAAUCCAUCAUUCCGAGACUUCACUAAGGCCACGAAGUGCGUCCACGAGCGAGUGUUGUAGACCCAUUACGUUCAGUGGACGAAGAAUAAGUCGAGAAAAUACAAUUGGCGGAUCAAGCUUCCCUCAAAACAUACCCAUUGGAACAGCUGCUGCAAGUGGAAACAAUUGCUCAGGUCACAGCAGUGGUCAGUCAUCACAGUCACAUUCUCUUACCUCUCCAAGCUCCUAUUACGCUACCGUCUCUAUCCGUGAAAGGUGCGACAGUUUACCUUCCAAUUGUCGUCCCAUGGCUAACGAGGGUAAACCCCCUGUGUGUUAUCGUCACGUUUCCACAGUCAAUAGCACAAAUGAUAAUAUUAAUAAUAAUAACUCGUCACUAUCAAUCUCAUGUAAUAAGCCCAUUGAAGAUCACCAAACACCACCAUCAUCGAAAGAAGAUGAUGCUGACGAAAUAAAUGGUGACUAUGUACCAAUGAAACCUCUUAACUUAUCAUCUGCUGAGGCACUUGAGAAAAGUGUCAAGUGGUACUUUACACAAUUUUGAACGCUUUGUUGGCCACUAUUAUUUUUUUUUGUUUUUUUUUGCGCUUUUUUGCGAUCUGAUUUGAUGUAUUACAGUCAAUUGAACAAAAACACAAGUAGUACUAACGGUAAAUAAACUUUUAUUUUUUCUUUAA